CCCAGAUGUAGACGUCGAACGCCCCCCUCCUAGUAAAGUCCUUUGCCGGCUCAUAUUGGCUCAAUAGAGGGUUGGGAUGAUUCGUAUGUUCCACGAACACAUGAGGGUCUCUUGAAGUGGAAAUACCCAGAAAUGAACUUAGUUGAUUCCCUGUUUCAGUUACCGUCUCUUGGAAACAUGCAUGAUGAGAUUGAUUUCAAGUUCUUGAGAGAUUCUUGCAGAUUCUCUAUGGAUAACAUUCUGAUAAGAGUGUUCACCAACAACAAAGUGAUGGGUGUGCCGUUCCUAAAUAAUCAGUUGAUGAAGGUUUACGCUAGCCCGAUGAAUGCAGAUGAUCGAGCAACGCAGGGCGGGCUGGACAAAACAGACUGUUUAAAGGCUCUAUUUUCGGCGUCAUACAUAGACUUCAACGCCAAUGCUUGUUUCUGAUAUUGUCAGUCAUCGAGUUGCAGUUUGACACAGUCAAUCAAUGGCGUCCAGGAUUUGUAGAGUCAAGAUCUUGAUGCCAAGAGCAUAAACAAGCUCCAAUGGGUGCAACGGAAGUUCACAAACGGUCUUCCUCCUAAAUGCAAGCACCAGAGAAUAUGAUCAGAAAGGAGAAGGCUGCCAACAAAUCGGUGGUGGAGGCCGGAUUUGUGUCGGUGGUUGUAGCAGUGGCGGUCGGGACUGUGUUGGUCGGUCCCGGCUGCUACGCGGAGGACAUGCCUUACCGGAUUCUAUUGGACACAGACAUGGACACUGAUGAUAUCUUUGCCCUCUUGUAUCUUUUGAAGCUAAACAGAUCACAAUUUGAUAUUAAGGGAAUAACUGUUAACUCCAACGGGUUUGGCAAUUCUGGUCAUUCUGUGAAUCAUAUAUAUGAUAUUCUAUAUAUGAUGGACCGCGAUGAUAUUCCUGUUGGUGUGGGAGGAGAGGGUGGAAUACUUGAUGAUGGUACAAUUCAAGCUGAUGUUGGAGGAUACUUUCCUAUAAUUGAUCAGGGAAUUGGUACAGCCGGAUAUUGUAGAUACAGGCAAGCAAUCGGGCUAGGCC